CGGCGCGGCGCGGCCGGGCGGGGGCGGCGGAGCGGGCGCAGCGCAGCGGGGCAGAGCGGAGCCGGCGGGAUGGAGCGGCCCGAGCGGGCUGCGGCGGCGCUGGGCGCCCAGCCCCGCGCCAACGGCUGCAGCGGCGCGGCCCACGGCGCGCUCCGCAACGGCUACGUGCGCGGCCUGCCCGCGCCCGACACCCAGGUAAAUCAAAUUGUGCACAAUGGAGGAUUAUACAAAAGGCCAUUCAAUGAAGCUUUUGAAGAAACGCCGAUGCUGGUUGCUGUGCUGACCUAUGUAGGCUAUGGUGUUCUCACUCUCUUUGGAUAUCUGCGAGAUUUCAUGCGGCAGUGGAAGAUUGAGAAGUGUCAAAAUGCAACAGAAAGAGCAGAACAAAAGGACUUUGUCCCAUUGUACCAGGACUUUGAAAAUUUCUACAACAGAAACCUCUACACACGCAUUCGGGACAGCUGGAACCGUCCGAUCUGCAGUGUUCCAGGGGCCAAAGUGGACAUGAUGGAGAGAGUUUCCCAUGACUAUAACUGGACGUUCACGUACACAGGGAGAGUGAUAAAGGACAUUAUUAAUAUGGGUUCCUAUAACUACCUUGGAUUUGCACAGAAGGCAGGGACUUGCCAAGAAGCAGCAGCUGAAGUUCUGUCCCAGUACGGAGCUGGGGUGUGCAGCACUAGGCAGGAGAUGGGAAACUUGGACAAGCAUGAGGAGCUGGAAGAGCUAGUUGCCAGGUUCCUAGGUGUGGAAUCUGCAAUGGCAUAUGGAAUGGGGUUUGCAACCAACUCUAUGAACAUUCCUGCCUUAGUUGGCAAGGGCUGUCUGAUUUUGAGUGAUGAACUGAAUCAUGCAUCACUGGUGCUUGGAGCAAGACUGUCAGGAGCAACUAUUCGAAUCUUUAAGCACAACAAUAUGCAAAGCCUGGAGAAGCUGCUCAAAGAUGCUAUUGUGCAUGGGCAACCUCGUACACGGAGGCCCUGGAAAAAAAUUCUUAUCUUGGUGGAAGGAAUAUACAGCAUGGAGGGAUCCAUAGUGCGUUUGCCUGAAGUGAUUGCCCUUAAGAAGAAGUACAAAUCCUAUCUGUACCUCGAUGAGGCUCAUAGUAUAGGUGCCCUGGGUCCCAGUGGCCGGGGUGUAGUGGAGUAUUUUGGACUCAGUCCUGAAGAUGUGGAUGUUAUGAUGGGAACAUUCACCAAAAGCUUUGGAGCGGCUGGAGGAUACAUUGGGGGCAAGAAGGAACUGAUUGAUUACCUCAGGACAUACUCUCACAGUGCUGUGUAUGCGACAUCACUGUCACCUCCUGUUGUGGAGCAAGUCAUCACCUCUAUGAAGUGCAUCAUGGGUGAAGAUGGUACAACUGUUGGGAAAGCACGUGUGCAGCAGCUAGCAGAGAACACGAGAUAUUUCAGGAGACGACUGAAAGAGAUGGGCUUUAUCAUCUAUGGAAAUGAAGAUUCCCCUGUUGUGCCUCUGAUGCUGUACAUGCCAGCAAAAAUUGGUGCUUUUGGGCGUGAGAUGCUGAAGCGGAAUAUUGGUGUUGUGGUUGUGGGCUUCCCUGCCACCCCCAUCAUUGAGUCCAGAGCCAGAUUCUGUUUGUCUGCAGCUCAUACCAAAGAGAUGCUUGAUACAGCUUUAAAAGAAAUCGAUGAAGUUGGGGACCUUUUGCAACUGAAAUAUUCCCGUCACCGUUUGGUACCUCUCUUGGACCGGCCAUUUGAUGAGACAACAUAUGAAGAAACAGAAGACUGAAUUCCCUCCAUGUGCCUUGGUGGGAGGGAUACACCCCGUGGGACACUCUGUGGCACACAGGCCACAGCAUCCAUGAACAACACACUUAUGACUGCUUAUCAUAAAAGACAUUUCCUCACAAUACUGAAGUGGCCACAUCAGCUCUAAAUGGCAUUUUGUAAAUAGGAAGAUGAGAAAAAAAAGCUUUGAUUCCUGUGUCUUCGGGGUCUGGCCCUAGAGGUGCUUGGCUUUAUUUUUUCUUGUUGCUUUUUUUAUUUAUUUGUCUCAGUGAGUUCACAGCAACCCAAGUUGGCUGUGCCUGAUCAGCUCAGACUUUGUAUGCACCAUUACCCUCCCAAAUGCUGGCUGAGAUGAAGUGAGCAUGUGUGACGCUGGCAUGGCAGCAUUUCCAGUGUCACUGCUAGGUAUCUGACCUUCCCAGUAAGGAGCGAGCUGACCUGCCUGUUCUUGGAGACUUCCUAGAGAAACUGCUGAUUGCUAAUUUUGACACAUUUAACAAGAUGGAUAAUCAACCAAAUUUUUUUUUUCUUUUGCAGUUACUCCUGUUUAAAACUUGAAUUUAGCCUUUUUAAAAUAAAUGUGUUGUUGACAUGUCACUGACAGGACCAUUGUUCCCAAACAUUAUUUAGUUUUGUAAGCCACAGGCAGAAGGACUUCUGGGACUCUAGCCUCUUUUCCUUCCCCGUAUGGAUUCCAGAUUGUUUCCUUGUUUUGACACUAAUUGUCCUCUUCAUAUAGGGUAAGUGAUAGAGAGGAGUUUUGUUGUUUUUUUUUUUUAAAUGGGCUGUGGUUUGUCUUCCUUCUGACGUACUUCUGUCUAAAAAAAAAAAAAAAAAAAAAAAAAGAAAAAGGUGGUUUUAGUGUGUGUUGCUUUCUCAUCUUCAGGUUAAUUUCUCUUGCUUUAGAAUUAUCAUAAAACCAUGAACAAGUCACUGCUAAGUUCUAGAAGGGUGCUCUUGGGAUUAAGUAAACCAUAGCCAGCCUUGUGCUUCUUAAGACCAGAACCCCUCAGUAAGCAGGCCUAGACAAUGGAUGACUAUUAGGAGAACCACUUAUUUCAUGCAGAUCUGUGAAAGACUGAUUGCUAUCCUUUGCCACACUAAUUCACUCUUUCUCAUCAUAUAUGAGGUGUUCUUCAUUGGCCUUGUUGUGCAAGGCUUUUAUGCAAAGAGUAUAGACAGCUUGACUCUUGUAUCACACAUUACAUUUUGUCUAGCCAGCAAAGUUUCGGUUGGCAGCUGCAUAUCUGUGUAGGCCUUCCCUGAAGAAAGAAUGUCCUCACAAUUGCAUUUAGUUUGAGAUCUUUAUUCUUUUGCAUUUCUGUUACAGUGAGAUCAAAUUAAUGUUCACUGAGCCAGUUGCUGUUUGGAAUCUUUAUGUGCAAGUACCACACUGUCUUACUCUGAUCAAAGUUUUAAAUAGACACCUUUGCUCUAGCACACCUUAGAGGUGGUCUGCUAUUUAGUCAUUGCAUCUUGAAUUUCUCAGAAUGUAUCAUUGAAGAGGUACCAAGAAUUUUAUAACAGCAGUCAGUUGCAGUAUAGUUUGUUUCUGUAUUUUAUACCUUGGACAUGUAGGGUUUCUGCAAAGAUAGUAAAGCUUUAACAUUGUGUCAAUUGGGUUGGGCCAGCUCUUCAAUUUGGGUUACAAAGUGCUUUUUGCAGGUGGCUGGAGUUUUUUAAACAGUCCUCCUCAUAAUGCUAAAGCAGAGUGCAGCUCAAAGCUAUUUGCCUGGUGCUGCAAAAAUAGUAAUAAUUUUUUUUUAAGUUCUUUUAUGUUGACUCUGCAACUAACAGGGAAGGAGCACUUUGGUCAAUAGAAGCAAGCAGUUCUGCAAAUACAUCUGGUGAUUUAAAGCAGAAUUGGCUUCUAUUUUAUAGAAUAUCUGUCUUCAUGCAUUUAUAGAUCUUGUUGCAUUUUAAUGUAACAGAACUUCAAAACACUGAUUCAGCUUUUACCAUUGCAUUUCAGAAAUUUAAUUAGAUGAGAAGUAGUAAAAUUGUCUGUUUCAAAAUAAGUCCAGGUAACUGUUUCUGUCUUAGACCACUAAUAUUGAUUUGCUUGCCUUCUGGAACAAAGUGUGCGCACAGUCCAAGAAGUCUGUAACCUGUAUGUGCAACUCUGAUAGCUAUGGAGUAGUCUCAUUUGUUCAGCCGCAGAGUGAGUCAACUGCAAUUACAUGAGGUUACUUUCUCACCUGUGUUCUGCCCAGGACUAGCUUUAGCAUUCCACCAGAUGACCUGCUUUCUGACUUCAAGAAGCUUUACCUCAAAGAAUUAUUGCUUUUUUACUUUCUGGAUUGUAGUAGGGAACAAGAGGAGGUUAGUGCAGAAAUCUCUGACUCCAGCCCUGGUCCUGUUGACUUCAUCAUGGAAUGGUUUAAGAUCGGACAAAACCAACCAACUUGAAGGCAUAGGCACAGGUCAGUAAGGAGCUCUUUUGAGCAUUCCCAGACGUACAGCAUGCUAGUGUCUGCUGUGUAGUCAAGUCAGUUUGAAAACUGUGAUAUAUUAAGUUAGAAGUGAGUUAUCGUAGAUUCUACAAGUCUCAAGUCUUAAUCUUGUCUCUGGGAUUCAGUUUUAGGGCAGUUUGUCUUUAGAAGGGAGGAAAACAUCUGGAUAAAUCUCAGUAAUUCAGGCAACUCCUGUAUAACGCUUCUGAAAUUGUCAGUGUUUGAAAAUUACUGGCCCCCAUUGGGAUUCCAGUUGCACUUGCUGAGGAAAUUGUGUUCACGCUAAAACUUCUACCAUUUAGUAUCUUUCUGCUUUGUCACGCUGUCUGCAUAUGACUUUAAAUUCUGGGUUACAAAGACAUUUCAGAAAUCAUUCAGGCAGUUAGUAGCAUUUGCAAACUGCUUGGUUACAUUUCAGCCCUGCCAUAUCCAUUUUGGGAAGCAACUCCCCCCCCCCAGGAGCCCUUUUAUUCGAGGGAAUGUGUUUUGCCAAAGUCUGGUACCUGUUGAAACUGCUUCUGAAAAAGAAAGAAGUUACAAAUCCAAGAUUUUGCACUUUUAAGUCAGUAAUUCACCAAGCGUGAAAGCCAGGAAAAUCUUUUCACAUCUACUAAAAAAACUCCAUUCCCCCAACCCGGGAGGGGUUGGGACCCCUCCAAGAGGGAGGACCACUACGGGUUUGUACUAGGCAAACCUACAGCAUGUGUGCUGUCACAGUAUGUGUAGGAUGGAUUGCCGCUUUGAUAUUUAUGUACUGACCAGAAAUCUGUCUCCUUUUUGUCCUGGCGGUAGAAGUGAAUGAAAGAACCAAUCUUGAGAGAUCACAAAGGAAGAAAAGCUGCUUAAGAAAUAGACUUCAGUCCCUGCCAACUUUUCUGAGACAUUCUAAUUGAAAAUGACUCCUGGUAUUUCUUAAGAGAUGCAAAAUUCAAAAGAAAAUGAAGGCUGCUUUUGAACAAAGGAUUUUGCCUUGUACUGUACAUUGGCUAAAUUUACUCAUAAAUAUACAAUAGUUACCUUCCCAGUACCUCUCUGAAGAACUUAGCAAGCAAGAUUUUGCCUCUGCUGAGUGGAGUGAAGAGUUUAGAACCAUUAUAGUUUUCAAGACUGAUGGCCAUAUUCUUUUACUCUUAAGAAAAUUGAGAAGCUCAUGUUACUGAGCGUCAGUGAAGAGUGAGAGAUCUGUUUCUUCUUAGAAGCUGGCCUUCCCAAGUAGACCUUUGUCUUAAGGAGCCUGAUUCAUAGUUUUUCUUUAGUUCUUUGGCAGAGAAGAAACCAAGGGAUUUUGUGUCAAAAUAUUCAGGGCUUUUUUUUUUUUUUUUUUUUAACAAGACACAAACUUUUGUAUAGUAUCUGUGUAUAUGGUAUAUUUAAAUCUUUGUUUAGUUUCUAUAUUUUUUUCCCUUCUAAGCAUCCUUAAAGAGCUGUUCUGGUUCUUGGGUUACUGGUGUAGCACACUUCUGCUUUAGGCAAAGACUCGGGAGUGAAUUGACUGAACAUCUUACCAUGUUGAAGUCCUUCAGUGAAGGAAUUGCAUCAUCCAUCCUUCUCUUGCUCUUUCCUCUAAGAGUGCAGAAGUGGUAGCCACUGUCAGAGCUGUGCCUUCAUGUAGAGCAGGAAAGGGAAGUGUGCCCGUGAUAUCAGUGACCUAGCCCUGUGCUGCAUGGAUGAAGGACCUAUACAGCAGAGAUGGAGAAGAGGGGCAGUCAGUCAUCAUUUAUUCUCAGCUGUGCAGGGAUCUUUCAUGUGUACUUGAACAAGCAUCCCUAAGGCAGGAAUGCAACUUUCAAUGCCCAGAGGGACACUCCUCUAAAACUUCUCUACACCCAAGUAAAUACUUCCUCUCCUUCUGUGCAAAUUUUAAUUUCUUUACCUCUGAAAAGUAUUUGGCUUGCAGCUGUUUGCUCGUUCAGAAGCCACGUUAUCCAUUCAGGCAGAUCAUAGGAAAGGUUGGAGGAAAGUUGUGAGCACGAGCUCUCAAUUUCAUCUAAGAGAACACCUUCCAGCAUUGGAUCUGGAGCGCUAUGCAUGAGCUCCUUUGCUGCAUCACAGAGAAGGAAAUUUGUGGAGAUUUAUCCCAAUAUACAAUGUUCAGCCAAAAUUUGUGUAGUUUAUAUAUAUUAUUUUUACAGUUUAUACUCAGCCUGUGAAAGUGUCAAGCAUGCUGGGAUCUGUGUGGGUGGCACCUUCUGCACAGAGAUCUGAGGUACCUGCGGUCUGUUGUAACACUGGUGAAGCACUGAGCUGUCUGGGAAUGGCUAGUACGAGACCUCAGGAGGUGCCUUGCUGGCUUUGUCAUUGGACCACUUGGCACCCAAGUGGCAUUGGACCACUUUGGGAAAAGCACCAGUCAUUUGACCUGUGUAACUUGAACAUGGUUUUAAAAGAAAGAAAAAAGAAACAAACAAAAAAAACCCACUCAGAUGCCAUUGUGAUGGCUUGUAUUCCUGUAAACAUUCCCAGCCUUGCAGUUGUCCACCUGUUCAAGGAUUUGGACAUGAAGCUAGAGCACAACCAUGAAGUGUUUGUGUGAAGUAUUGUGCUUUAUCUUUCACUUAGAAGAGAAGCGUUUGGUGCAGACAUUGGAGCUGUUGUGUUUACAUCCCCAAAAGGGGCUGGGUGAAGGAGGUGAUGACUGUGGUGUGUGUUGAAGGCCUUAAACUGUGACUCUUGGUAUGAAGAAUUGAAAUUAAAACUGACCUUGAAGAAUGCAGUGGAUUUUAACCCAUGGAAGAAUACUCUGUGCUCUUAGUUAAGCAAUAUGUACUGCUGUUUUCUUGGGAGGGAGGGAGAGGUUCAGCUCAAUUUGUAUUUGACCCUGGCUAGCAGCUGUUUAAGGAGCAAAGAGGUGUCUGUAUGUGAAGGCCAAAAAUAGUGCAGUUCUCUGCACCGAUGUUCCUAUGCAGCAAGCAUCGGUAACUUGUUCCUGGGCUGCUGUAAGUGAGAGAAUUAUUGAGAGGAUCGGGGACUUCAGAAGGAGUGGCAGCUAGCAAAUUAAUUUCAUCAAUAGUAGGUGAACAGGUCUCACUCAAGUAUGCCAAGGGUUGAUGCUGUUCCAAAAAUACCCAUGGCAAAGUGAAACAUGCACCAAACCAUUUGACUGCUGUAAAGCAUUCUUUUUUUUUGCAAAAUCUCAUCCUAUUCAGACAGUAUUUCUGCUACCCCCUAACGGUAUAUUAAGCUAAAUGCAUUUUUAAUUUCAGACCAGUUUGAGAGAGAUCAGAGGAACGUUGGAGCCUGAGGCUUUAGGCUAACAGCCCUGAAGCCAAUGGUGGCCCACAUUUCCACAAGCCCUGGGCAGAAUUACCAAGUCACAGCACUUCGUCUUAAAUUGCACUGUAUUCUUAUGCCUCUGUGUUGCUAUAAUGUACAUAUAUACUGGAUUUUUUUGUAGAUAAGACAUUUUAGAUAAAAUUUUUAAAUGGGCUCCCCCCGAAAUAUUUUAUGCCAGAUGUCUAAUUUUUUUUACACUCGGGAUUAACAUGAAGUUGGAUGCUCUGUGGACAGGGAAAAGAUAAAUGGAUGGUAUAUUGGCUUUAAAAAGGUAACAAUGCAUGUUUAAAAAAACAACAAAAAAAAAACCACCAGAGAAAAAACUGCUUGGGAAAAAAAAAAAAUCCAUUCAACUAUAUUCUAUGUUCUGCAUAAUAAAGACUUUUUAAAAUGCUA